GGGGUUCAUUUACUCUCCCCCAACCCCUUUAAAUCAAUCCCCAUCCACUCCAUCCUCAUCCUCAUUCUCAUCCUCGUCAUGUCCUCCACCGGAGAACAACACCUCCUGUCCACCGAGAUCGUCAACCGCGGCAUCGAGUCAUCUGGACCGGAUGCCGGUUCCAUGACUUUCUCGGUCAGAGUUCGUCGUAGGUUACCGGAUUUUGUCCAAUCCGUUAAUCUGAAAUAUGUGAAACUUGGUUACCAUUACUUGAUUAACCACGCGAUCUAUUUGGCCACCGUGCCGGUGCUUGUUUUGGUGUUUGGUGCUGAGAUUGGAAGCUUGAGCUGGGAGGAGAUGUGGUGGAAGCUAUGGCAUACCACUGCUGGAUAUGAUUUGUUCACUCUUUUGCUGUUUUUGGGUGUUUUUAUAUUUACCCUCUCGGUGUACUUCUUGUCUCGUCCUCGAUCUGUUUAUCUGAUCGAUUUCGCUUGCUUCAAACCGGCUGAUGAUUUGAAGGUUACAAAAGACGAAUUCAUCGAAUUAGCAAGAAAAUCAGGAAAAUUCGACGAAGCAAGUCUCGCAUUCCAGAAAAAGAUCCUGGAAUCAUCAGGUAUAGGCGACGAAACAUACGUUCCGAAAUCAAUAUCAUCUCCAGAAAACACAACAACAAUGAAAGAAGGUAGAGCAGAGGCAUCAAUGGUGAUAUUCGGAGCUCUAGACGAGCUCUUCAACAAGACUCGCGUCCGUCCAAAGGACGUCGGAGUUCUUGUGGUAAACUGCAGCAUAUUCAACCCAACACCGUCACUAUCCGCCAUGAUCAUUAAUCACUAUAAAAUGAGGGGGAACAUUUUGAGUUUUAACUUGGGCGGGAUGGGGUGUAGUGCGGGGAUUAUCGCAGUUGAUUUAGCGCGCGAUAUGCUUCAGGCGAACCCGAAUAAUGUUGCGGUUGUUGUGAGUACGGAGAUGGUGGGGUAUAACUGGUAUCCGGGGAAAGAUCGGUCGAUGUUGAUACCGAAUUGUUAUAUUCGGAUGGGUUGCUCCGCCGUGUUAUUGUCUAACCGCCGCCGUGACUACCGCCGUGCGAAGUAUAGGCUUGAACAUAUUGUUCGGACGCAUAAGGGAGCUGAUGACCGGUAUUUUAGGAGCGUAUAUCAAGAGGAAGACGAACAAAGGUUCAAAGGGUUGAAGAUUAGUAAAGAUCUAGUCGAGAUAGGUGGUGAUGCCCUAAAGACGAACAUAACAACUUUGGGUCCAUUAGUGUUACCAUUAUCCGAGCAACUGCUUUUCUUCGCGACACUUAUGAAGAGGUACUUUUCCGGUACAAAAGUAAAAGGUAACACCGCUUCUAAAGGGGACACCUCUAUCGGGACAUCCUCUUCUUCUGGGACCAAACCGUACAUCCCUGACUACAAACUAGCGUUUGAGCACUUCUGUGUCCAUGCCGCUAGUAAAACAGUGGUCAAUGAGCUCCAACGUAACCUUGGGCUAAGUGAUGCCAACAUGGAGCCAUCUCGUGCCACCCUCCAACGCUUUGGGAACACCUCGAGCAGUAGUAUUUGGUAUGAGUUGGCAUACCUUGAGGCGAAAGGACGGAUCAAACGGGGCGACCGGAUUUGGCAAUUAUCAUUCGGGUCGGGUUUUAAAUGCAAUAGUGCGGUGUGGAAAUCUGUCCGUAACAUAAAGAAACCUUCAAGCAACAACCCUUGGCUUGAUUGUCUAGAGAGGUAUCCAUUUGAUGCACUUUCUUAGAAUAGCCGGAUCCACCCUCGAAGUUUCAUAUUAUUACACUUUGGUACCUUGUAUAAGUAAGUGGUUAUAAGGUUCUUGCAAACUUCUCAAUUUCCUAUGUUGUGUUUUACUAUAACUACUAUUUAUUCUGUGUUGUAUCAACUCUUGUUUGGAAUUUGUUUAAACAAAUUCAUCUUC